AUGGCGGCACCUGUAGGCAACAAUUCAGGUUGUUGGGGUGUUCCGGAGGUCUACAAACAUCACGAACAGCGAAAAGUAUGCAUUUCUAGACCAAAGUAUAGGGAGGGAAGGAAAGCGAAAGCGGUUAAGGUGUACACCAUCAAUUUAGAGUCUCGUUACCUGAUGGUCCAAGGGGUCCCAGCCAUUGGAGUGAUGACAGAGCUGAUCCAGCUGUGUGCCCUGUAUGGAGCCGUGGAGGAAUACAAGCCCCUGGAUGAGUACCCUGCUGAGGACUUCACAGAGGUUUACCUGGUCAAGUUCCAGAAACUCACAAGUGCCAGAGCAGCCAAACGACACAUGGAUGAAAAGAGUUUCUAUGGUGGCGUGCUGCAUGUGUGCUACGUCCCAGAAUAUGAGACUGUGGAAGACACCAGGCUAAAACUGCAGGACCGGAGGAGAUAUGUGAUGAGGGCUGCUCAGAAUAAAGCAAGAGAAAAGGAACAGAAAGAGGCAGCAAACGAGGAGCCCACAACAUCAAACACAGCCACCACAUCAGAGGAGAUCAUCUCCAGACAUGAUGAAAUGCCUAACAGUGAUAAUACAGGGGAGACUUCAAACAUCAGCCAUUAUUCAGGCUUUCCUUUACUGCCAUUACCUCCCCAGGAACAUCAUUACUAUGGACAUAAAGUUCAACAUGGGAGUACACCAACAGAAGACAAAAUGGGGACAUUACAUAACGCCAUAAUCGACACAAAACAGCAGCCAGCUCAGAGUUCAAGUUUCAGUCAAAGCUCUUCAGUCAGAGACAAAGGGACACAACACAAACACACAACAAAUCAGGCUUCUGCAGUCAGAUUUGUCCCGAGGACCACAAACUUGGACAACAGGAAACGCAAAAUGGAAGAGGCUGCAGUGAACUCACUGACUGAUGUUUCUGGAAAAAAUGAGCCUUUGAUUGGACCAAAGCUACCUGAACCACCUAAACUGGACAUGGAGGAUGAAUCAUUGAACACAACAGUCAGCCUCAUCAGGAACACAAUGAAACAGGUGGGAUCAGUUCCUGAUGUCAAACCAGUGGAGAAAAAGAUGAAACCGCGUCGUCGGAUUUGAUCGCACCAGUUCAGUUUCUCAUGGCAGCUUGUUUUUAUUCACACAUUUUGCAUCACAAUGCAAACAGCUAUAAAUUUUUGUAUUAAAGAAGCCACAGCUGAAAAUGUUCAUGAAUAUGAUUUCUUCAUGGUUCCAGUUGUUCCUGAAAUACAUGUUGCUCAAAUGUCUCAAUACUCUGCAAAGGAAAAAAAAAGGUAAAAAUAGGAACUUCUGGCUGAAAAAUGUAUUACAUUUGUCAUCAUGUGAUUACCGUGGUGUCAGGGAGGCAGCUUCCAAAAGCUUCAAGUAAUAGGUUCUCCUCUCUCACUGCCAUUUCAAAGUCAUCAAAAGACAGUUUGCCAUCAUGGUCAUGGUCCUGCCAAUGGAAACAACAUUGGUAACAGGCUUAAGGUCAGCUUCUUUGUAGAUUGUAAAACAGAGUUAAAUUCCUCUUUGCCCUCUGAAAUGAACAUUUCAAGCUAGUUUUGAGGACGUUGUACAGAGUGAGUAUGCAGAAGUAACUCAACAGGUUACAGCAGUAAACCAGGAUGUUUGAGCUGCAACUAUACCCUUACCAUCUUCUUGAGUGUGAUCUCCACCAGGUCUUUUAUUCCUUCGUCAGGGUCCUCUUCUGUGGGCUGUCUGAUGAGGCUAUUCUUCAGCAUGUGAAACAUCUCCUCCCUUGAGAUGUAACUGUCACCGUUCAAGUCGUACACGUGAAAGCAGUCUGAGCCAUGCAAAAAGGGAAGAGCUAUUAUCUGGAUAAUAAAUUGUAACUCUGAUUUUUAUGUAUUGGAGUGUAAAACUGAGCACUGCAAAUAAGGCUGAGAGCUUACAUUUUAUUUUUUCAUCCAAAGUCCCUCGAAGGAAAACAGAUAGUCCUUCAAUCCACUCAUUCAUACUCACCAAGCCGUCAUUGUCUUUGUCAAAUGUUCUGAAUACUGUAGGACAGAUUAUCAGUGUCUCCAAACAAAUAUGUCUCAAAACAAUCAUACAAUUCAGCAUAAAUGAAUAAUAAAGUUUCCAUU